AUGGACUGUCUAAGCCCGGCGACAAGCGUAGCCAAUCAGCGAUCACCGCUGGUAGAGGGAUGCUCCCAUUGGCUGAGGGGUGUCAGUGGGCGGGACGCUGUUUGGACCGGGACCGAAUGGGCCGGAGACCGGGAGCUGCGCCUCGGGUUUCGGCUGCACCACCGGCGGGUCGUGAAUCCUUUCGAAGGCAGAGCUGAAGCGACCGGCGGAGAUUCCGUGAGAUGUUUCAGCUGCACGGAAGCGCCCGGCCUUUCCCCGCCGAGGAUCGGGGCCUGUUGUCUGGAGUUGUCUCCCAGCCCCGUCCCUUCCUGCUGGGAGACGGGAGCUGCCCCGCAGCGGCUGCCGGUGGAUCUCCGGAGCUCUCACCGCUCCCCUGUGCAAUCCGAACGGCUGAAAGCCAAGGGAGAACAAGGCGCAAAGGGGGAGCAGCAUCGGUGCAAAAUAAACUCAUCAGAAAAGUUGGAACCAUCCUUGGCCACAACCGGGGCUCUUACGAGUGAGUGGUGGAGAGGAGUGGUGUCACUAAACAAAUGGCCAUCCAUUACGGACAAUCGGGCACAUCCUCUCCAUGACCGACUGCACAGGCAGCGGAGCACCCUUUCGAACAGACUCACUCAGCACCGCUGUCACAAGGACCGUUACAGAAGCUCUUUCCUAUCAGAUGUAAUAACCACAUACAACAGUUCAUCUGCUAACCGGCCACCCACAGCUCCAAUCUGUUCAUUAAAUUUGCCGACAGCACCACAUUGAUUGGCCUAAUCUCAAACAAUAAUGAGGUGGCCUGCAAGGAAGAAGUCAUCUCUCUGACACACUGGUGUCGAGAAAACAACCUCUCCUUCAAUGUCGAAAAAUCAAGGGAGCUGGUUGUGGAUUACAGGAGGAAUGGAGACGAGCAAACCCCAAGAGACAUCAGUGGAUCUAGGGUUGAGAGGGUAAACAGCUUUAAGCUCCUCGGGACCCUCAUCACUGAGGAUCUCACGUUGUCUGUACACACAAGCUGUGCGGGGAAAAAGGCACAACAGCGUCUCUUCCACCUCAGACGGUUGAGGAAGUUUGGUAUGGGCCCCCCAAAUCCCAAGAACUUUCUACAGGGGCAUAAUUGAGAGCAUCCUGACCGGCUGCACCACAGCCUGGUAUGGGAACUUUACCUCCCUUAAUCGAAGGAUUCUGCAGAGAGUGGUGUGGACAGCCCAGCGCAUCUGUAGGUGUGAACUUCUCAUGAUUCAGGAAAUUUACAUAGACAGACGGAUAAAAAGGGUCCGCAGGAUCAUGGGGCACCCGAGUCACUACAAUCAAGAUCUAUUCCAGCUGCUACCAUCCGGGCAACACUACCGCAGCAUAAAAGCCAGGACCAACAGGCUCCGGGACAGCUUCUUCCACUAGGCCAUCAGACUGUUUAACUCACACUGAUUUGAGUGUAAUACGUUACGCUGACUGCUCUGUUUAUUAUAAAUUACUAUGAUUGCACAUGGCACAUUUCGACGGAGGCAUAACGUAAACAUUUUGUGAAUGAUGUGAGGAAUAAAGUCAUUUCAAUGCACCUUUCUGCGACAGAUCAUAGUUCAAUAGUCUGCAAUAUUGCUUUAUACAUCAUUAUUGCUCAUUGAUACAGUAUCAUUGUGUAUAUUAUUCUCUGCUUUAUUUUUAGCGAAGUCUGCACACUGCUAAGUGUGAUUUAAAAUAAUGCUACUGUAACGAAAAAUUUCCCACAGGAUCAAUGGUUAUUGUUGUUGUUGUUAUUAUUAUUAUUAUUAUUAUUCCCCAGCCCUAUAUCUCUUUCACCAAUCAGCUUCACAACUCUUGACUUUACUCCUCCCCCUCUCCCGUUUUCACCUAUCACCUCGUCUCCCCCCACAUUCUGAAUCCCUCUUUUCCUGUCCAGUCCUGAAGAAGGCUCUCUGUCUGAAACGCCGACUGUUCACUCCUCUCCAUAGUCGCUGCCUGACCCCGGGUUCCUCCAGCAUGUUGUCUGUGUUGCUUUGGGUUUCCGUAUCUGCAGUCACACCAUAAACCAAUGCGCAUGCGUGGUCGGUGCGGCCGAUUCCCGAAUAUCGCGCAUGCGCUAAGUAGACGAGAGGCGCUGAACUAACGGACGCAGGUAAGAGCGAACUCCGGGUGAACUUAUUCACCGGCGUCUGAAACGCGACCAAAGUACAAUUACUGUGAUU